AUGGCACACACUUCUAAUUAUUCUGAUCAACAAUCUCUCAUUGCUUUCAAGGGGUCUCUGCUUCUCGAUCCAUAUAACUCCCUCCUUCAUUGGUCUCCCAAUCACACAUUUUGCAACUGGACUGGUGUUACCUGUUCUUCUACUCGACAGCGUGUUGUUUCCUUGAAUCUCACAGGUAUGGGAUUAAUUGGCCCAAUCUCUGCCUUUCUCGGAAAUCUUUCCUUCCUUAGAGUACUUGCUCUCAGAAAUAAUAGUUUGGAGGGCCAUAUUCCAUAUCAGCUUGGAAGGCUAUUUCGCCUGAGAGUGCUUCGGUUGUCUGACAACAAUUUGGAAGGUCCCAUUCCCUCCUCUCUAGGAGGUUGUCGUUCUUUGCAAUCUCUCUUACUCCCUUAUAACAAUUUAAGUGGAAGCAUUCCCUCUGCACUUGGUCUUCUUUCAAAUUUAGAAUCCUUAGGAUUAGGAGGAAACAACUUGACAGGUAUUAUCCCACCUUUCCUAGGAAACAUGUACUCUUUAAUAUUCCUUGAGUUGGCCAUAAAUAGACUCCAAGGUGGUAUUCCUGAUGAGUUGGGUAUGCUUAGUCAGCUAAACCUCCUUAAUCUUGACACCAACAGCUUAACAGGACCGAUCCCCACUGCCCUUUCAAAUUGCACUCGUCUCCAAACAUUGGAUCUAUCUGACAACCACUUCAACGGCUCAAUUCCAUGGGAGUUUGGAAGGCUGUCAGAAUUGCAACUAUUGUUUUUGGGGGGAAACCAACUCACUGGAGAAAUACCCACCUCACUGGGUAAUUUGACUCAAUUACAACCGUUGGAUUUGUCUCGCAAACAACUGAGCGGCACAGUGCCCCUGGAAUUUGGGAAAAUGCAGCAGCUGAGAACGUUAUUCUUGUGGCAAAAUCAUUUAGUGAGUGGAAGCAGUGGUUUGUCUAUUCUAACAUUCUUAACUAAUUGCUCCAGCUUGGCAUAUCUUGAUUUGGGAUCUAAUUAUCUCACUGGCAUCUUGCCCGUUUCAAUUGGUCGCUUUUCAAAUUCACUUUUAUAUUUAAGUUUGGACUCAAAUGAAAUUUGGGGAAAUAUACCAGAUGAGAUUGGUAAUCUAACAAACUUGACAGAAGUACACCUAGAUGCAAACCAAUUCAAAGGGACCAUUCCAUCUGCACUCGGUAAACUUCCGAAUUUGGAGAGACUAACUUUGGAUACAAACAAUUUACACGGAAGAAUUCCAGAGAGUUUUGGCCAAUCAAAGAGACUUGGAUUGUUGUCGCUCAGUGAGAACAUGCUUUCAGGACAAAUUCCAGAAAGUCUUGGCAAGCUUCCACAAUUAAGAAGGCUUUAUCUUGAUCACAAUCAGCUAUCAGGGAAAAUACCUGCCAGUUUAGGGAGAUGCAAGACGUUGGAAAUGGUGGACUUGGCACACAACAAGCUAACAGGAAAUAUACCUCCUGAAGUUGCAGGUCUUUAG